AUGGCCAAGCUCAAGGAGAUGGCAGAUCUCAAGUUAAUGACCCUUGACGAGAGCGAUGCCCUGAUAAGAAGCUUUCAUCUUGAACUGCAAGAUGGACACUACGGGGUUCACCAUCGCCGUUCUGUGCUCAUCCCUGCCGUUGGCGCUGGCGACUGCAACCUAAACUAUGGCAUGGCCGCGCAGAGUCAAUAA